UUCUUAUAACCAAUCGAAACAAAGCGCGCCUUGUAUAUGGUUGUAUGUAUAAUGGAAUCUAGGGUGAAAUGUAUUGUAUUACGAUGAAAAAUUGAAUUGGUUGUGCUGUGCCCGAAAGAAUGUUUCUUUGAAUUGAAUAUUUGCAUUGUACUACACAUGGAUGAAAAAUACCUGUCACAACCAUUCUACUGCAAUGUCAAUGAAGCACAUCACACAGCAGAAGAAAUGGAUGAUACUCGCCAAAGGUACAUGGCGUAUGAAUAUCUAUGCCACUUGGAGGAGGCAAAGAAGUGGAUGGAAAUUGUGUUGAAAGAAGAACUCCCACCUACAAUAGAACUGGAAGAAAACUUGCGGAAUGGUGUAUAUUUGGCUAAACUUGGAAAUGUUAUAGCUCCUGAGACAGUGCCACUGACGAGGAUUUAUGACAUUGAUCAGAGGCUAUUCAAAAUAGCUGGGUUGCAGUUUCGCCACACUGACAACAUAAACUAUUGGCUUAAGUCAUUAGAAACAGCCUCCUUGCCAGUAACUUUCCAUCCUGAAACAACAGAUGUUUAUGAUAAAAAGAAUAUGCCUCGGGUGAUUUACUGUCUUCAUGCAUUAAGUACACAUCUCUUCAAAUUGGGCAAAGCUCCCCUUAUACAAGACUUGUAUGGAAAGGUUAAUUUUACAGAUGAAGAAAUUGAUGCUGUGAGGCUGGAAUUAAAAAAGUAUGGAAUCAAAAUGCCAGCAUUUCAGAAGAUCGAUGGUAUCCUAGCUAAUGAUUUGGAACCUGACUCUGCAGUACUUCAUGCAGCCAUUAUAGCAAUCAAUGAAGCAAUUGACAGAAAGGAUUCUUCUGGUAUGUUGGAGUCACUUAGUAAUCCAGCUGCAAGUUUGCGAGACGUAUUUCCAGCUUAUGCUGCGUUCUAUCAGGAGAAUCUGAGAGACGCCAAACUUAAGAAAGUAGAAGAUGCCUUUAACAGGUCACUGAAGAAUAGUUAUGUGGAGGAUGUAUAUGAUCAACUUCUGACACAGGAAGAGAUCCAGGAUCACUUAUCCAGUGUUAAUGAAUGUGUGUCUGUUGCUGUCGUGAACUCUGCAUUGGACGGCGGGACAUGGCAAGAAUUAUACAGAGCACUGUGCAAUCCAAUAUUGAAAUUACCUGUAAAUAUCACAGAGUUCGCAGCUCCUCUUUAUUAUGAAGAAAUGAGGGCUGAUAAAUUGGAAUGUGGGGUAAGCCUGUCACAUCAAGAAAUCCUGUCAAGUGUACAAGUUCUGUACUACAUAGCUGCAGUAACACAAGCUGUAGACGCAAAUAAUGUUGAAGACACGUGGAAAGCUGUGUCUGAUCCCAAUGCUCAUUUUACAGAUUUGGAUCCUGCAUUGAAGGUGAAGUACUGGCGAGCAUUAUGUGCAUUUCGAAAUAAGAAAGUGGCCGACGGAUGUGAAUGUCCUGUGUUAACAUAUACAGAUAUUCAGGAAUGUAUAGACAAUGUUAAUCACCAGUAUGAAGAGAACAAUAUGUUAAUAUUGGCCUUACAUGAUUUAAACACUGCCAUAGAAGAAAGAGACCUCAAAGCCAUGUUAAGAGCUUUACAAAAUCCUGGACUCAAAAUGGUGGAAUGUAUUUCUUCAAAUGAUGCAGUGCUGUAUUUCAAACUUCUGCAUCACGGCUGGGCACGGAAACAGAAGGAAGGAACAGUAUUAUGGCUUGAGGAUGUGCAGUCAGCGGUGAGCCAGGCGUCAGAUGAAAUUCACGAUGCUAAAGUUGCCUGUGAGUUACUUGUGAAGAUGAAGAAGAAUCUUCAAGAUAAUAACCAACAGUCAAGAAUAACAUCUCUUAAUCCAAUAGACGUUGGCAUUCGUGAGAAUAAACUUGAUCCUAAAUUCAUGUCUGCUCUUGAAGAAUGGUACCUAAGGAAGGACACUGGAUUGAUUAGUCCGUGGAUUGUUCGUCAUUCUAGAAGUGGACAUGAAUUCUAUUUGAACUUGGAGUUAUGUACCUACUCAUGGAAAAAACCAGGUGACUUCCAAUGUAAAUCAAAUUACUUGGCUCAGAAACAGGUUGAGCAUAUGAGAAUUGGGAGGUGGUUGGUGGAACUUCAGGCAAGAUGCAGGGGCUACUUACUAAGAAAGAGGGUUGGUGAUCGACUAGAAUUCUUCUACCAACACGUCGACAGCAUCGUUAGAAUUCAGGCAUGGUGGCGUUCAGUUGUCCAGAGGCGGAAGUAUAGAACGAUGUUAGCAGAGUACCGUGAAACAAAAUACACGGACACACAAUUGCGAAAGAGCAUGGUUUGCCUGGAUUAUUACAAAGCGCAGGAAAAUAAAAUCAUCAAAGUUCAAGCAUUUUGGCGUGGACACAGGGUGAGAAAGAUGUUUCUGUCAUUGUUCCACCAACCACAACCUCCGUUCGAAGUUGUUAGACGUUUUGCUCAUCAUCUUGACUUCAGUGCAGAUGAUUACAGGAGAGAUAUACAGCUUCAGAGCCUCAAGGGGCAGGUUGUGCAAACUAUCCGUCACAAUCAGAUGUUGGCCCAGCAGCUGGACGCUAUGGACGUGAAGAUCGGUUUGUUGGUUCACAACAGAAUUGCGUUGCAAGAUGUGGUUAAACACGGUACGAGUUUAAAUGAGUUGUCGAAACAGCAUCAACUGACCACAAGUCAAGGUGAAGCAAGUUGUAAUCGAGGAUUAAAAAGUCUGACAAGAGAGGGACGGAAGCUGUUGGACGGCUAUCAGCAUUUAUUCUAUGCUCUGCAGACUACUCCAGGCUAUUUGGCAAAACUUAUCUUCUGUCUGCCUUUGAGCCGUAGCACAAGAUUCUUAGAGACAGUUAUUUUAACACUGUUCAAUUUUGGCUCCAAUCCUCGUGAGGAAUAUCUUCUUCUGAAACUCUUCAAGACUGCACUUGAAGAAGAAAUCAGGUGUAAAUUUACAAAACCUUCAGAUGUAGUCACAGGAAAUCCCCUAGUCCUCAGAAUGGUGGUAAAUUAUUCACGCCAGAUGUCCAGUCAGAAUGCGCUCAGAGACGUCGUUGGACCUCUUAUACUGCAGGUGCUAGAAGAUAAGACCAUAUCAUUUGAGACAAAUCCAGUUGAUAUUUUUAAGACUUGGAGGAACCAGUUUGAAAUGGAAACUGGCAAUUCUUCGAACCUGCCUUAUUCUGUCACACAAGUAGAAGCACUGGACUAUGAGGAAGUACAGAAGAAACUGUACAGCAGCAUUAGAAGACUGAAAGAAGCCACCCUCACGUUCUUGCAUCGGAUAGUAGAAUCACGUCACCUGAUACCAUAUGGAAUGCUGUACAUAGCUAAAGUUCUUUAUGGGUCGCUCAUGGAGAAGUUCCCCAAGGUACCCGAGAAGGAGGUUUUGAAGGUGGUGGGUAACCUGAUUUAUUACAAUUAUAUCAACUCUGCAAUUGUGGCUCCAGACGCUUUCGAUAUUAUAGCACUGCCACCCGAUAGGACGCUGUCUAAUAAUCAGCGGCGCAACCUAGCCAGCAUUGCAAAGAUUCUGCAGUUUGCAGCUUCCAAGAAAGGGUUUGGUGAGGAGUCAAAACAUCUUGCAUGUUUGAAUACAUUUAUCAUUGAAUGCCAUGAGAAGCUGAAGAAAUUCUUCAGGGAGUGCUGCAGGGUAGAAGAACUCGAAGAGCACUUCAGUAUGCACGAGUUCACUGAAGCUACACUGAUUUCCCGCCCUGUCUUGUAUAUCAGUUUGCAGGAAAUUUGUGAUACUCAUGAACUCCUACUAAAAUAUCAGGACCUCAUUGCUACUGAUCCUUCAGACCCGCUACAUGAGCUGCUGGAGGACUUGGGUCCAGUGCCUUCAGUGGGAAUGUUACUUGGAACUGGGAGGGACGCUGCUCUGCCAAAAACAGAAGUGUGUCUUACACUUGUAAACAAGUUUGAGGUACCUGAGAACGAUGAUCAAGAUAUUAACAAGCUUUUUAUCAGAACAAAGGAGCUGCUGGUUUGGAUACUUCCGUACCUUCAAGGGAACAGCACCUUACGUGAAGCUCUGUUCGUCGGGUCAGACACAGAGGAGCAGCUGUUCCAACAGCUACUGUAUCAACGCAAGCAGAGAAAUGCUCACAGCUCAGCUCCUUCCAAAUCAUGUAAUUCUCUCCAGGACUGCAAACUGAUCCUGAGGCAGUACCUUGCUAGGCUAGAGCUUGCAGGCUUAGUUUCUGCUGCUGAUGGGUAUCAGAGCAUUGUGUCAGCCAUCGCGAGAGAUAUCUGCAGCAAACGCAGGCAUAGGGAACUUCGAAGGAAGGAACUGCAGGCACUAAGAAUCACAAAACAAAGUUUAGAUACGAAGACAAAGUUUUAUGAAGAACAGAUUACUUACUACAAUCAGUACAUACAGAAGUGUCUUGAAAACCUUAAUGCUGGAAAAAGGAGUGUUCAUAUUUGUAAGUCAUCAGGGAAGCAGCCAGAGAAGUUGAAAUCAAAGUUGACGCUGCGUUAUACAGCAGCUAAACUAUAUGAGAAGGGUGUUUUGCUGGAGGUAGAUGGUCUUCCUACAACACAGUUCAGAAAUGUCCAGUUUGAAAUUACACCGACUGAUCAGAACGGUGUGUUCACCAUCUGCGGCAAGUUUAUGGGAGUUGAACUGGAGAAGAUUGAAAUUGAUAUCCAGGAUCUCCUGCAACUCCAGUUUGAAGGUGCAGCUAUUAUGGACAUAUUUGGUAAGGCAAAAAUAAAUGUAAAUCUCUUGUUAUUUCUCCUCAACAGAAAAUUUUAUGGCAAAAAGUAAAUGAUAUAGUAUAUUAUAUAUGUAAUUAUUAGAGCUGAUUAUUACUGUCUGUAGAGCAAACUUGGAAAUAGAAAGUGAAACAAAAUGAUAGAUCUGAGAAAAAUUAUAACCUAAGAAUUACAUGUUCUAAGAUCCAGCUACUGAGAAAGAUGCUGUGUGGUAACAUAAGUGACAGUAAGUGAAAAAGAAGAGUAAAAAUCAUCACAUAGUGUUCACCAAAGGUUCCAGCUGUUGCACUGUUUAAGUGGUGAUCUUAAUUGUUUAUAAACUACUGUAAAAGUAAUUAGUUUUAUGGGGUCUAAGAUAUGUUCAUGUUAAAGUACUCACAUGAUGUGAGAUGGGCAUUAUUUCAAAGUCUGCAUAAUUACAAACAGCAUGAGUUAUGUUUCAAUAAAAUCUUAUCGGGCAAUCAGUAACGUUUUAUUGUACUCGCCACGAAAGUCUCAAAUCCUGUAUGUAAUAUUUUACGAUACAUAGCUUAAUUUUCUUGAUUUUGUAAUAAUCAACGUGUAUUAAUGAAAUAAUAAUAAUUACGUAUUUUUGUAAAUACA